UUUAUCUGUCGAGGCUCCCGUGAUGUCACGCAUUUCCUGGUCUCCACCGACCAGUGCCUUCCUCCUUCCUCAAGGCACCUAUAUGACCGGUGGAGGCCGGUCCUGCUCAGGUGGCCCAAGGAGCUGCUGGGUUAACCCACAAGGCGAGAGAGCUGCAGGGUUGUUGCUGCUUUGAGAGCCCCAGGCAGCACUCGAAAAGGUGAGCUGAAACCCUCCAUUUUUCUCUCCGGGCAUUUAGACCACUGGCCCCUGACGGAUCAGAAGGAAGAAUUUGAAUGAAAAAUAUAAACUGAAUGGUUUAGCCCUGAGUGUUUGACCCAGCGGGAGAAGCCCUUUUUGAAAGGAAAAGAGAUGCCGUUGACAUUUUGGUGACACCGGAACUUUCUCCCAGUCCAGAUAUUUAAUCCUUUUUGUUUCUCUUAAUCAUUAAUCCUGCCUCUGCUUGUCUGGGAAGUUGAACUAAUUAUUAUUUUUUUAAACUCUGAAGUGGAGUGGGGACUUUUUUUGAAACUUAACUCAAACAUGCAGACCUGUUCAGCCGUGUUGGGAGGGGGCUGAAUUCAGAGUUGCCUUAUUUUGUCCUACCUUCUGCGUUCACCGGAGGCAAUUUGCAUCUAAACCUGUGAGAUGACCUCAAUUUUUUUUCUCCUGAAAGUCUGUUCCGCCAACAGGUUUGUGGAUGGCUCCUAGAAGAUCUUGAUUCUCUCCGGAGGAUACAUCGUUUUCCUGGGUCGGUUUCCUGUCACACUGCCCUGCCCCCUCCCAGUCAACCAUGAACCAGCUGGACCCUGCUGAGGACCCAGAUGCCAUCCCUGCCCCCCCGUGUGUGGUGUGCGGCCAAGCCCACGCCCCUGAGGAAAACCACUUCUACACCUACACGGAAGAAGUGGACGAUGACCUCAUUUGCCACAUCUGCCUGCAAGCUCUGCUGGACCCUCUGGACACUCCCUGCGGACACACCUACUGCACACCCUGCCUCACCAACUUCCUGGUGGAAAAGGACUUCUGCCCUGUGGAUCGCAAGCCUGUGAUCCUGCAGCACUGCAAGAAAUCGAGCAUCCUGGUCAACAAGCUCCUCAACAAGCUGCUGGUGACCUGCCCGUUCACAGAGCACUGCGCGCAGGUCCUGCAGCGCUGCGACCUUGACCAUCACUUUCAAAUGAGCUGCAAAGGUGCCUCCCACUACGGCCUCACCAAAGACCGGAAGAGGCACUCUCAGGAGGGCUGUCCAGACGGCUGUGCCAGCCUCACAGCAACAGCGCUGUCCCCAGAGGUUUCUGCAGCUGCCACUAUCUCCUUAAUGACAGACGAGCCUGGCCUAGACAACCCUGCCUACGUGUCCACAGCAGAGGACGGUCAGCCAAACAGCCCCCUGGACUCUGGCCGGAGCAACCGAACAAGGGCACGGCCCUUUGAGCGAUCCACCAUCAGAAGCAGAUCUUUUAAAAAAAUAAACCGAGCCUUGAGUGUUCUUCGAAGGACAAAGUGUGGAAGUACAGUUGUCAACCAAGCUGAGCAGGGCAGAGAGAAUUCUGAAAACACCACUGCCCCUGACGUCUUUCCAAGGUUGUAUCACCUGAUUCCAUAUGGUGAAAUUACCAGAGUGAAGAUCAACCGAGCGGAUCCCAAUGAAAACCUCUCCAUUAGGCUUGUGGGAGGCAAUGAAACCCCGCUGGUCCACAUCAUUAUCCAGCACAUUUAUCGUGACGGGGUGAUUGCCAGAGACGGCCGGCUACUGCCAGGAGACAUCAUCCUAAAGGUCAACGGGAUGGACAUCGGCAACGUACGGCACAACUAUGCCCUGCACCUCCUGAGGCAGCCCUGCCAGGUGCUGUGGCUGACGGUGCUGCGGGAGCAGAAGUUCCAGAGCAGGACUGAUGGGCAGCCCCUGGACACCUACGGGCCCCGGGAUGACAGUUUCCACGUGAUCCUCAACAAAAGCAGCCCGGAGGAGCAGCUUGGAAUAAAACUGGUGCGCAAGGUGGACGAGCCUGGGGUGUUUAUUUCCAACGUUCUGGAUGGUGGCGUGGCAGACCGACACGGUCAGCUGGAGGAGAACGAUCGUGUGUUAGCCAUCAAUGGACAUGACCUUCGGUACGGCAGCCCGGAAAGUGCAGCUCAUCUGAUUCAGGCCAGUGAAAGGCGCAUUCACCUCGUCGUGUCCCGCCAGCAUCGGCAGCGGAGUCCUGACAUCUUUCAGGAAGCUGGCUGGAACAGCAGCGGCAGCUGGUCCCCAGGCCCAGGGGACAGGAGCAACACUCCCAAGCCCCUCCACCCUGUAGUCACUUGUCAUGAGAAGGUGGUAAGUGUCCAAAAAGACCCCAGUGAAUCACUCGGCAUGACCGUUGCAGGGGGAGCAUCACAUAGGGAGUGGAAUUUGCCAAUCUAUGUCAUCAGUGUUGAGCCCGGAGGAGUCAUAAGCAGAGAUGGAAGAAUAAAAACAGGUGACGUUCUGUUGAAUGUGAACGGGAUUGAACUAACAGAGGUCAGCCGGAGCGAGGCGGUUGCUUUAUUGAAAAGCACAUCCUCCUCGGUGGUACUUAAAGCUUUGGAAGUCAGAGAAUGUGAGCCCCAGGAAGAAGGCAGCAGCCCAGCAGCGCUGGACUUCAACCACAAAGACACGGCCCCACCUGGCAACCGGUCCCCCUCCUGGGUCAUGUGGCUGGAAUUACCACGGUACCUGUACAACUGUAAAGAUGUUAUACUGCGAAGAAACACAGCUGGAAGUCUGGGCUUCUGCAUUGUAGGAGGUUAUGAAGAAUACAAUGGGAACAAACCUUUCUUUAUCAAAUCCAUUGUUGAAGGAACACCAGCAUACAACGAUGGAAGAAUCAGUAUAGCUAGUAACUGUAUACAAACUCUACGUGCUGCUCAACCAAUGAGCCUUGGAAGAACCAUCAAGAAAGGCCAAACCAGCUUGACCUAGCUCAUAAAAGAUGGCUUUGAGGCAAUUCAAAUUUGUCACAGUGACGAGUAUUUUGUCCAUGUGCCUGCCAGAAACUACAUUUAGGGCAAGUUAUUUCAGAGGUCACCCAAGUGCCAUUAGAUUUUAUUACUUUGGAUAGAAAAGUUCCCCUUUAGUUUCACCAUGAACCCAAAUUUAGAACACUGCUAUCAAAAAGUUGUAGUAUCAGGCUUCCCUGGUGGCGCAGUGGUUGAGAGUCUGCCUGCCGAUGCAGGGGACACGGGUUCGUGCCCCGGUCCGGGAAGAUCCCACAUGCCGCGGAGCGGCUGGGCCCGUGAGCCAUGGCCGCUGAGCCUGCGCGUCCGGAGCCUGUGCUCCGCAACGGGAGAGGCCACAGCAGUGAGAGGCCCGCAUACCACAAAAAAAAAAAAAAAAAAAAGUUGCAGUAUCAAAACUGUAUGAGUUCUUUAAUAUGCAAAGCAAUAGUGCCACAGCAGUGAUAAAAGACUAGUUUUAAUCUCAAGACUCAGAGGUGCCUUUUGAUGCAUUUUGCAGUGCAACUUCUUAAGAGACUGGUAUUUGAUUAACUCCUCAAGGAAACUGGCCAAGAGGGAACCUUGACCUUUAUCAAUCAGAUAUUAUGUACACAGCUAAACAUAGCUCUUUAAAUUCCCUGCUGAGUGACUCAUUCACAUUACUUUCUUCGAUACAAAGUCAUUACUGUCUAUUUUUUAAAUAUUACAAGACAAAGAUUUUUAACUUAACAUGAAAAAUUCACUCUUUUAUUUUAGAAGAAAAAAGUUAACUUUUCAUACUAAAAGAACAAGAUUAAAGGCAAAUUUCUUAAACAUUAUCCAGAAAAAUAAGAUUUAUAGUAUCUAUUUCUGGCACUACUGUACACAAAAGGCCAUAACCAUGCCUAUUCUGCAGGUGUAGCUUCGGUGCUCUCCUGUUCAGGGGCAGGUUCGCUGCCAGCUUCUUUUCCUUCUUUGCUUCUUUUAGAUUUUUUGUGCUUGUGUCUCCUAUGACUGUCUCCUUCUUCACUUUCAUGGCGACGUCUACUAUUACUAAAGAAAAAAGAAAGGUGUAUUCUUAAAAAUGUUUAAGUAGUGACGGAUCAACCUACUUUAGGUAAAUUCUCGGUAUAACAGUGGGUUUUAAAUAAUCUAAUACUUUCUUUUUCUCAAACACAUUUUGGGGAGUAAUUAUUUUUUAUGUGACCUUUAUGCUGAGAUUAUAUUUACAUUUAAUGCUCACCUUCAUUAAUAUUUUCCUAGAACCCUAAGGACCAUAUACAUUAGAUUAUGAGACCGACGCACCGCCCACUAUGCCAAGAGGGCCACUAGGGCCCAUAUACUUCAUUCUAAAAGACUAAAUUACAAAUUAGAAACUGAAGCACUAGAUCAGAACAGGAAAUACUUCCUAGAGUUGAUUUUAGGCAAACAAUAGGCAUUAAAAUUUAAUGCUGAUUUUUUUUUUUUUGGUGGGGGGGACUAUAAGGCCCUGAAUUUUCUUUGAUUAAACUGAACAUCAGUUUGUUUAAUAACAAUUACUACUAAAAACUGAUUCAUAUGACAAAUCCCCCCCCCCACCC